AUGAAAGUCGUCCUAAGCUACGCCAAACGCUUGGGCGCAUCACGCCGGAAUAGAAGGGCCCGCCGCCGGUCGGCAGCACUUGUCGUGCCUGAGAAGGCUGAAUGGCAUCACACGGAGCACGUUGAACAUAAAGAAUCCACGAUCCAAGACAACAAGGAGCCCAUCGUCCAGAGCAAACUAGACUUGGAGACCAAGGAGCUUCUGCAGCCCAUCACAGACGACAAGGACGCUGUGGAACUACGAGCCGACCCUCCACUGUACACGGAGUGUGUGGGCGAGAAGGAAGCAUACUCAGAGAAAGCGGCCGUCCAGGUGACGGCUGUCGAGGUGGCGAAGGCCGCUGAGGGCAGGCCCCGAGAGUUGUUGUAUCGCUCACAGUUCAACGAGCUCCAGGAGAAGAGGCGUCCUGAGGUUCGUUUGCGCAAGGUCACCAGAGUGGCUCCGGACUGCACCGACUACCGGGCCGUUUAUCAUAAACAGGCCGUGGCCGAGGUGUGGAUCGAGCUCUUUCGUAUCAUCAAGGUCGGUGUGUGGGCGAUUCUAGCAUGGCUCUUUGUUUACGGCAUGAUCCCCUCGCUCAAAUGA